UAUAUUACACACACAUCUACACGUAUAUUAUACACACACAUACACACACCUAUUUUUUUUCCCCAUUUAAAUUUGAUUAGAACUCUUCUUCCUGACUGCUCUGGUUUUACCCAGAACCAGCUGGGGAGGGAGGGAAGGAGAAGUGCAGAGCCCUCCCCACUUCCACUUUGUCCCUUGUCCCCAGGCAUACCUGGAAAACCCCAGGGUUUCUCAGAACACAGCCCUUAAGGGCAUCACGAGGCCUUAGUUCCCCAAGCUUGUGGGCGCUGACACACCAGCCAGGGACUACCAGCCUUGUCCCAGCGUCUGUGAUUAGGAGUGAGGGCUCCUGUCUUGGGUCCUUUGGUCCAGGGGACAGAAGGCGCUCAGGGCCCCAUCUGUGCAGACCUCCCAGUGACCCCAGGCUGGCCCAUCUGCAGCUGGUGGCUGGUCCCGAGCCUGCACUGAGCUGGGGAUAGUGGGACCUGGAGGCGCCGCCCUGCACCCCACUAGACCACUGGGCUCCGAGGCCACUGGGGACCCUGGAGGGGACAGUUUCAGCUGAGUUGAUGGGGCAAGAGUAUGAUAGCGGAGUCAGGGAGCCGCAAGUGGAAAUCCCACAUUCUCUCAAGAACGGUGGCGGUGGGCCCAGCAGAGUAGCUUCUAAGACAGCAGGACUGAGAAGAGAGUCCAGGACUGGGAGGCUUGGAUACAUGGUCAGGUGGGGGGAGGAGGCCAGGAAAGGGGGAGACUGGCUUUCUUCACCCACGGAGAAAUAGAUAAGAAUGUGCAUCACUGAUGGGCAAGAUCUGGAAGGGCCGGGGGUUUCAGAGUUCAGGGGCACACGGGAGGAGUGGGCCUGGCCCAGAGGAGGGAUGUUCCUUCUUCAGAGGUAGGGGAGAGGCCUUGGAGACUCAGAAACAUUGAGGGGGGCAGUCAGCUCGGACUUGCUUUCCGCCCCCGAUCUCCAUCCUGUAUUGAGCCCCAGGAUGUCUUGGGCACUGUGCUAGGGGCUGAGGACAUGCAAGCCAACCACAAGACCCCUGGAUCCUGGCCUACGGAUCUUACAAUCUAGUAGGUUUAGCAGAUCGUGGUCCCGUAAUCCUUCAUCUUCAAGCCUUAGGGGGAUGCACUUCAGCGGUCCUCAUGGCCCCCUCAAACAACCCAGCUGCCUGUCCAAGCAGAACCAUCAUUCCUGAUUGAAAGUUCUACCUUGUAUCUGACCCUCUGGAGCAGUUUUAGUUCCUUCCCAGUGAGGAGGGCUUGUCACAUGGCUCUAGGGGGGCCUGGAGCAGACCCACUUUGCAGAUGUCCUCACUGAGGCCUGCCGAGCCUGCCUGCAAGGCCCCUCAGCCCAGUAGAAACAGCCAGUAGCCUGGAAGACGUCUUUCCCCACAGCAUCAUUUUCUGUGUAGCUGCAGAUAAGCCCUUCCCUCUGCCCACCAGACCCCCCUGGCCCAGAGACUCAUGAAGUGUCUCGGAGGUUGCCCUCUGCCCCCCAGCCCUGCUCCCAGCCUGCCUUCCCAGGCCUGGGCCUCUGGCAUCUGCUUUAUCAGGAUUCUUAAAAGGGAUAGCUGGUUUCUGUUCCAUGCCUGCUCCCUCCUCUCUUGCCUGCGUAUCUGCUCUGGUUUUAAAUAGCUUAUCUGAGCAGCUGGACAACCACAUGGGCUUAUAUGGCGUGGGCUGCAUGUCCCUUUAGCCCUGUCCCCGGCACCUGCCAAAAUAGCACCCAGCACCCCCCGCGCCCCCGCCGCGUCUCCGGCUGCACAUCCCUCCCACCGCAGGGCUUGGCUUACGGGGCCCCAGCCCACAGGCCUGCUUAAAGCCCUCUCCAUCCCCUGCCCUCACCCAGUCCCCGCUGAGGCUGAGCAGAUACCUCGGGAUCUGUUGGCAGCUCCUGGUUUGAGGGAGAGCAGGGACCAUGUCGGACAUAGAAGAGGUGGCGGAAGAGUACGAAGAGGAACAGGAAGAAGAAGCUGUGGAAGAAGAGGAGGACUGGAGAGAGGACGAAGACGAGCAGGAAGAGGCAGGAGCAGAAGAGGCUGAAGGUGAGGCUGAGACGGAGGAGACCAAUGCAGAAGGAGAUCGACAAGAAGGGGAGGCUAAAGAAGCUGAAGAUGGCCCAGUGGAGGAGUCCAAACCAAAGCCCAGGCCAUUCAUGCCCAACUUGGUGCCGCCCAAGAUCCCCGAUGGGGAGAGAGUAGACUUUGAUGACAUCCACCGGAAGCGCAUGGAGAAGGACCUGAAUGAACUACAGACGCUGAUCGAGGCUCACUUUGAGAACAGGAAGAAAGAGGAGGAGGAGCUCAUCUCACUCAAAGACAGGAUUGAGAAGCGGCGGGCGGAGCGGGCUGAGCAGCAGCGCAUCCGGAAUGAGCAGGAGAAGGAGCGGCAGACUCGCCUGGCUGAAGAGAGAGCCCGACGAGAGGAGGAGGAGAACAGGAGGAAGGCCGAGGAUGAGGCCCGGAAGAAGAAGGCUUUGUCCAACAUGAUGCACUUCGGGGGCUACAUCCAGAAGACGGAGCGGAAAAGCGGGAAGAGGCAGACAGAGAGAGAGAAGAAGAAGAUGAUUCUGGCUGAGAGGAGGAAGGUGCUGGCCAUCGACCACCUGAAUGAAGAUCAGCUGAGGGAGAAGGCCAAGGAGCUAUGGCAGAGCAUCUACAACCUGGAGGCAGAGAAGUUCGACCUGCAGGAGAAGUUCAAGCAGCAGAAAUACGAAAUCAAUGUUCUCCGAAACAGGAUCAAUGAUAACCAGAAAGUCUCCAAGACCCGCGGGAAGGCCAAGGUCACCGGGCGCUGGAAGUAGGGGCAGCAGUUCCCCUUCACCAGAGAUCCUCGCUGUGUCCCCGCCCUGCUCGCCCCCAGCUUCUGGGGCCCUCCUGGGCAUGGGAGGCAGACUCGGGUCUGGAAACCAGGAGCUGGCCCGGCUGGGAGCUGCUGUUCAUGCCUGUACCCCCACAUGCCCACGCAUGCCGAUAAUAAAAGCCAGCACGCAUCUCA